CGCGGUGUGAUGCGCAUGGUUAUUAUGGGGUAAUGUAUGCGUGUUAUGUGAAUGCCGGGCAUACUUGAAUGCCAGAGGAGUGUGCGAGAGAUUGGCGGUGUGCUGGGAUGCAAUGGCGACUUCGAUAGCAUAAAAAAGCAGCGUGAAACUCUGGGGGAGGAGGCUGUUGCUAGGAAAUGCUUUGACGCUGCCGGGAUCUCAGCCCUGCUCGUUGAUGACGGGCUGCGGGCAGUGGGUGCAAGGAGCCUAGACUGGCAUACAUCAUAUGUCCCGCUUGUCAAGCGCGUUCUACGAGUGGAAGCAGUCGCUGAAGACAUUUUAUCAGAGAUUUCGCUGGAGAACAGGGGAAUAUGGACUCUCGAUAGCUUUGAAGCGAAACUGCGUGCUGCGAUUGACCCGUUGCCAGAAUCCAUUGUUGCUUUCAAAAGCAUCGCUGCCUACAGGAGCGGCUUGGACAUUGAUCCAAAUGUGAAGAGGGAAGAUGCGGAAGCGGCCCUAGCAAACCUGCUUGCAAGGCAACAAGGCGAUGUGCAAAUUGUGGAUAAGCACCUGGUGGACUUUAUCUUUGUUGUGGCACUGGAGGUUGCAACAAAACUGGACAUUCCUAUGCAGAUCCAUACAGGGUUUGGAGACAGGGAUCUGGAUUUACGGCUGGCAAAUCCUGGUCAUUUGCGGAGAGUGUUGGAAGACAAGCGGUUUGGAAAGAGCAGAAUUGUUCUUCUUCAUGCAUCAUAUCCGUACAUGCGGGAAGCUGGGUAUUUGGCAAGUGUAUAUCCUCAGGUUUACCUUGACUUUGGUCUGCCAAUCCCAAAACUGAGUGUUCAUGGAAUGACCACAGUGCUCAAGGAGUUGCUGGAAUUGGCGCCACUGAAUAAGGUAUCCACUGUCCAGUCAUAAAUGCUGUUUCCGCCUACCCUCCACCCCCCCUCUCCCCCUUCCCCAGCCUCCCUUUGUCGUUUUAACAAAACGAGGCCUUUGGU